GGAUAGAAUUGUACGUCUUGUAUUAACUAGCAUAGCCUAGCUAGCUCUAAGCUCUUUCGUUAUAAAUACAUGCAACCAGACAUUUCACUUGUUAUGGGCUGGAAGUUAAUCUGAAAGUUCACCAUUUCUGCUUCCUCUGUUUUGUCUUGCAACUCCAGCUCGUUCAGGUGUAAAGUCAUGGUGACUCAAACUGGGAAUAAUGAUAGUCAUUAUGAUGACAACAACAGCAACAAUGUUGAUGAAAUGGCUGCCAGAGAGAAGGCCAUCAACGACUGGCUUCCCAUAACGUCUGCAAGGAACGCAAAAUGGUGGUAUUCAGCGUUCCACAAUGUCACUGCUAUGGUUGGAGCCGGAGUUCUCAGUCUUCCUUACGCCAUGGCGGAACUUGGAUGGGGUCCUGGUGUAGCGGUGCUGGUUAUAUCAUGGGUUAUCACAUUAUACACCUUAUGGCAAAUGGUGCAAAUGCAUGAAAUGAUACCUGGUAAACGUUUUGACAGAUACCACGAGCUAGGCCAGCAGGCUUUUGGGGAGAAGCUCGGUCUCUACAUCGUAGUGCCUCAACAACUAGUUGUUGAGGUUAGCGUAAAUAUUAUCUACAUGGUUACUGGAGGAAAAUCCCUGAAAAAGUUCCAUGAUACAGUCUGCGAUGAUUGCAAAAAAAUCAAACUCACUUACUUCAUUAUGAUCUUUGCCUCCGUUCACUUUGUUCUCUCCCAUCUCCCCAACUUCAAUUCCAUCUCUUGGGUUUCUCUAGUAGCCGCCAUCAUGUCCUUGAGUUACUCCACUAUUGCUUGGGCAGCCUCUGUCGACAAAGGUGUUCAACCAGAUGUCGACUAUGGCUAUAAGGCUAAGUCCACAGCAGGAAAAGUUUUUAACUUCUUUAGUGCAUUAGGAGAUGUUGCAUUCGCAUAUGCUGGACACAAUGUGGUUCUAGAGAUUCAGGCAACAAUCCCUUCCACCCCCGAAAAGCCUUCCAAGGGUCCGAUGUGGAAGGGAGUCAUCGUGGCAUACAUAGUUGUGGCAUUGUGUUACUUCCCUGUUGCUCUUAUUGGAUUUUAUAUUUUCGGGAAUGCAGUUACAGAUAAUAUUCUUAUAGACUUGGAGAAACCUAAAUGGCUUAUUGCACUCGCCAACAUGUUCGUCGUUUUCCAUGUUAUUGGAAGCUAUCAGAUCUAUGCUAUGCCGGUAUUUGAUAUGAUUGAGACUCUGCUGGUAAAAAAAUUACACUUCAGACCAACUUCAGCACUUCGCUUUAUCACAAGGAAUAUAUACGUUGCUUUUACGAUGUUCAUCGCCAUUUGUUUCCCUUUCUUCGGUGGUCUUCUUUCAUUCUUUGGGGGAUUUGCCUUCGCGCCAACCACAUACUUCCUCCCUUGUGUAAUGUGGCUCGCUAUCUACAAGCCGAGAAGAUUCAGUCUGUCUUGGUUUACUAACUGGAUAUGCAUUUUCAUCGGCAUAUGCCUAAUGGUGUUAGCACCUAUCGGAGGGCUGAGGCAGAUCAUACUUCAGGCCAAGACCUAUGAAUUUUUCUCAUAAGCGUCUCUCAGCAAAAAAGAUGAAUUUCAUAGGUAUCUCAAAGAAAAGUUAGAAGCUUGUGAUGAUUCACACUGAUCAGAAGCAAGAUAUACUGUGCAUUUUAGAUGAAACAUCUUAGACAACUACAAAAACCUUGUGUCAGAGGAUACAUAUAUAUUCCAGGAGUACUACUAUCGUAUUGAACGUUCAUACCAGUGAAGGAAACGCGGAGAAGAUCCAACAUAAUACUCCACAAGGCCUUCCCUGUUGAUUUUUUGCUUUUAUUGUGUGUAUAAUAUACAUUUGUGUGCUUUUACUUCUAGUUAGUGUUUGGAAUGGAUAAAUGAAAGCAAAUUUAUAAUC